AUGGAGCAGUACACAGCCAACAGCAGCAGCUCCACGGAGCAGAUCGUGGUGCAGGCUGGACAGAUUCAGCAGCAGCAGCAGGGUGGUGUCACUGCUGUCCAGCUGCAGACUGAGGCCCAGGUGGCAUCCGCCUCAGGCCAGCAAGUCCAGACCCUCCAGGUAGUCCAGGGUCAACCACUGAUGGUCCAGGUCAGCGGAGGGCAGCUGAUCACAUCCACUGGGCAGCCCAUCAUGGUGCAGGCUGUGCCAGGGGGCCAGGGCCAGACAAUCAUGCAGGUGCCGGUCUCGGGCACGCAGGGACUGCAGCAGAUUCAGUUGGUCCAGCCAGGUCAGAUUCAGAUUCAAGGUGGGCAGGCUGUGCAGGUACAGGGGCAGCAGGGCCAGACCCAGCAGAUCAUUAUACAGCAGCCACAGACUGCAGUUACUGCUGGCCAGACACAGACCCAGCAACAAAUAGCAGUUCAAGGACAACAGGUAGCACAAGCAGCUGAAGGCCAGACCAUAGUCUAUCAGCCAGUUAAUGCUGAUGGAACCAUUCUCCAACAAGUUACAGUCCCUGUUACAGGCAUGAUCACCAUCCCAGCAGCCAGCUUGGCUGGAGCACAGAUUGUCCAGGCUGGAGCCAACACCAACACGACCAGCAGUGGACAAGGGACCGUCACCGUGACGCUGCCGGUAGCAGGGAACGUUGUCAAUUCGGGUGGCAUGGUUAUGAUGGUACCUGGAGCAGGAUCGGUGCCAGCUAUCCAGAGAAUACCUUUGCCUGGAGCAGAGAUGCUGGAAGAAGAGCCCCUCUAUGUCAAUGCCAAGCAGUAUCACCGGAUCCUGAAGAGGAGGCAGGCACGUGCUAAGCUUGAAGCAGAAGGAAAAAUUCCCAAAGAAAGAAGGAAAUACUUGCACGAGUCUCGGCAUCGUCAUGCCAUGGCCAGGAAGAGAGGAGAAGGUGGGCGUUUCUUCUCACCAAAGGAAAAGGACAGCCCUCACAUGCAGGAUCCAGCUCAGGCCAAUGAAGAAGCAAUGACACAGAUGAUCAGAGUCUCCUAACCACUGCUUCAAGAAACAAAAUAACUGCAUAGAAUUCCCAUCCCUUCUGCAAGCCUGUCCUACCCUUCCAGUGUCUCAAGCGAGCCUUUCGAUGGGACAAUCGCCGUGUCACACCCUUUUCUACAGAACAAGCACCACGUUUUCAGUACGUGGUUGAGAUUUUAACUGCAGUUGACUUAACAAAUAGAAACUUAAUGACUUUCUUGUUAUACUCUUCUGAUCCAGCACAAGGAUUUCAGAGUCUACUGCUCGUGACUUUUGUGUUUUUUUUCUUCUUUCAAACAUCUCUUGCAUUAAGAUUGGCCAUGGGUGAGAGU